AUGACCGAGGACGAAAAGAGAGAGGCUCUGUUUCGAAAGAAACGGCGGCUUGUCAGUGGCGCCAUUGUCGAGGAGGGCCGCGCGCCGCCGACGAUGAGAGGCGGUGCUGGCAACCGGGACACGGCGAGCAGUUACGAUAGUCUCCUGAGAGAGAAAGAGGGCGUGAGUACGACGGAAGCCACGCGGUCACGAUUUUGGCGGAUCAUCGGCGGCAUAUUCCUGGCUAUCCUCAUCAUCGUCAUCGCCGUAGCAGUGACUGUGAGCAAGAACAAGGCCGCUGCGGCCGACGACAAAGGCGGCGACGACCUCGCCACGGUCAACAAGGACAGCAUCCCCACCGCAGCCAGAGGAACAUACCUUGACCCGUUCACAUGGUAUGACACAAAAGACCUCAACGUGACGUACACAAACGCCACGGUUGGCGACCUUCCGAUCAUGGGGCUGUUCAGUGAGUGGGACGACUCGGCCCGGGCAAACGACAAAGUGCCGCCCCUAGACAAGCCGUGGGGCGACUAUACCAAGACUCCCGCCCGAGGCGUCAACGUGGGCGGCUGGCUGAGCCUCGAACCAUUCAUCACGCCGUCCUUGUUUGCAUACGACAGAAAGCUGGGCAUCAUUGACGAAUACACCCUCAUGAAGCACCUGGGCCCCAAGACGGCGGCAUCGACGCUGGAGAAGCACUACGCGACAUUCGUCACCGAGCAGACAUUUGCGGAUAUCCAGGCUGCCGGGCUCGACCACGUGCGAAUCCCAUAUAGUUACUGGGCAGUUGAGGUGUAUGACGACGACCCGUAUGUUUUCCGUAUCUCGUGGCGGUACUUGCUGCGUGCCAUCGAGUACUGCCGCAAGUAUGGGCUCCGGGUGAACCUUGACCUCCACGGCAUUCCUGGAUCGCAGAAUGGCUGGAACCACAGUGGUCGCUGGGGUCAGGUCCGGUGGCUGAACGGCACAGACGGGACCCUCAACCGACAGCGCAGCCUGGACGUGCACGACCGACUGUCCAAGUUCUUUGCGCAGGACCGGUACAAGAACAUCAUCGCCUUUUACGGCCUCGCCAACGAGCCGCGGAUGGUCGACCUGCCGGCGGCGGCAGUGACCUCGUGGACGACAGACGCGUACAACCUGGUCCGAGGCAACGGCAUCUCCGCCAACGUGGUCUUUGGCGACGGGUUCAUGGGCCUGGAGAACUGGCAGGGCAAGCUGACGGGGAUGAACAAGCUCGUGCUCGACGUGCACCAGUACGUCAUCUUCAACAAGGACCAGAUUGUCUACACGCACCAGAAAAAGGUCGAGUACGCGUGCGACGGGUGGACGCAGCAGGCGCAGCUGAGUAUGGACACGAGCACCGGGUACGGCCCGACCAUGUUCGCCGAGUGGUCCCAGGCCGACACGGACUGCGCGCUGCACCUGACCAACGUGGGCUGGGGCAACCGAUGGACGGGGACGUACGCGUCCGGCGACGCCAACGCCGCGCUCACGCCGCGCUGCCCGGCGCAAGACAGCUCGUGCUCGUGCGACGAGGCCAACAAACCGGACGCGGGGAGCUUCAGCGCCAGCUACAAGCAGUUCCUCAAGAUGUUUGCCGAGGCGCAGAUGCACUCGUUUGAGAAGGGCUGGGGCUGGUGGUACUGGACCUGGGACACGGAGAGCGCGCCCCUGUGGAGCUACAAGAAGGGCCUGGCCGCGGGGAUCCUGCCCGCCAAGGCAUACGACCGGGACUUCAACUGCGACGCGGAUGUGCCCGACUUUGGCAAGAUGGGAUUGUCAGAGGACUACAGGCGCGAGGUCGGCGUCAGCGGGGCGGAGCUCGAGGACGCGGAGCUGGUGGUUGAUACCCGGGUCGACGCGGUGCUGGAGAACCGGAUGACGCUCGAGGAGCUGAUUGUCGGGGUGUGA